ACUAAGAAGGCAAAGAAAGCUGAAUAUCUUGGAGUAAUUGAUAGAGGGCAAAUACAUUUUGAAGAAAAUCAAAAUAUCAGAAAACAAGAAGAAAGUUUAAGGGUCAUAAAAGAAUCAGAAAAAACUCAGGCCACUCAAACAAAAGAGAAACUAUUCAUAAUAUCAUUAUAUUUGAAAGCGAAAUUAAAAAACUGGAGUAUGAAGAAUGUGAUUAAUUCAGAAGAACAUGCAUCGAGGAAACUAUUGAAACCCGUAUUUAUUCCAAAAGAAUAUAGGAAAACAAUACUAGAAAAGGAAAGAACUAAAAAAUUAGAAGAAACAAAGAGAUUGCUAGAACUGGAAGAGAGAAAAAAAGAGUCGUGUUUGAUGGUCGCCGAAAUAGUUCAGAAAGAAUUACAAAAAACUGGCAGCUUGGAUGAAAAGGCAGGAUACGAAGCACAGAAAUUGCGUGAAUUGAAACGAACCAAAAGAGAUAAAGAACAUGAAAU